AUGUCAAUCACCGCUUUUCCUUCUUCUAAUUCGUCUACACCAAAUAAUUCUAUUGCACCCUGGCAAUCAGCUAUUAUCACUGAAUGGAAUGCUCGCCGUGCUGCAGAAGAAGAAAACAACCAACGUCCUUUAUUUCCACUCGCUAUGAAUCCUUUUGGAGAAGAUGAAAUUCUUGCAAUGACUGAAGUAUUACUUACCGGUCGUUUAACACUAGGUUCACAAGUAGAAAAAGCUGAGAAAAAAUUUGCUGAGACUGUUGGUAUUCCAUAUGCCGUAAUGGUUAAUUCCGGUAGUUCUGCAAAUUUACUUGCUGUUUCGGCUAUAACAAAUAAAUUACGUCCAAUUCAUUGUAAUCCUGGUGAUCAGGUACUUGUUCCAGCAGUUUGUUGGUCUACAAGUGUUUUCCCAUUGCUUCAAAAUGGUCUUUGUCCAGUUUUUGUUGAUGUUGAUCCGCGUACUUUAAAUGUUACUCUUGCCCAGCUUGAACGUAAACUAACGCCACUUGUUAAAGCAGUCAUGGCAGUGCACGUACUUGGCAAUUCUAUCGAUAUGCGACAAAUGAUGAACUUUGUUACACGUCAUAAAUUAAUGCUAAUAGAAGAUACUUGUGAGUCAUUAGGAAGUUUCUGUCAAACAGGUACAGAAAAUGAAUGCAAGAUGUUAGGUACAUUUGGUGAUUUUGGCACUUUUUCAUUUUAUUUUUCACAUCAUAUAACAAGUGGUGAAGGAGGAAUGAUAACAUGUAAAACAGAAGAAGAUUACAAUCUUUUGCGUUGUUUACGUGCUCAUGGUUGGACACGGCAUUUUACAAAUCGUGAAAUAGUUGAAAAAUCGUAUCCUGAUGUUGAUUCUCGGUUUUUAUUUGUGAAUAUUGGUUAUAAUCUUCGACCAUUGGAAGUGCAAGGCGCAAUGUUAAGUGUUCAAAUAGAUAAACUCUCUCAAUUUAAUACAUGCCGACGAAAUAAUCUAAUACAUAUUCGCGAAAUUAUAUCACGUAAUGAACAAUUUCUUCGUUUAAUGUCCUUAGUAGAAGCUUCAUCAGGCGUUGAUCCAGCAUGGUUUGGUAUCGGAGCACUACUUCAUCGACCAUAUUCAUAUCAACGUCUCGAAUUCUUAAAGUAUUUGGAAGAAAAUGGGAUUGAAAAUCGUCCUAUCAUAAGUGGUAAUUUUAUUCGUCAACCGUGCAUUGCAACAUUUUGUGAACACGAACAUCCAGAAGAUUAUCCUGGUGCUGAAGUGAUUCAUCACUGUGGCUUCUUUAUUGGUAUUCAUCAAACAACACUUGAUGAAACUAUAAUAAUAAAACUUGUUGAGAUUAUUUUAGCAUUUCCAUUCCAACCUCAGCAUGUCUAG